ACAGACAACAAAAUAACGGUCAAUUGGGUGCAACUUGCCAAGUCUUUACUAGCGUUUGGCUGCCGGAAAACUGGUCUGAAAUUGCUUAUUUUGUUAUGGAGGAUGAUGGUGGAGAGUCAGGGUUCGGUGGUGGCGACACCGGUUUAGCAUCGGGAUCCGCUAAUAAGUCCAACGGCUUCAGCGGAAGAAAUGAGAUAGUGGAGAUGAAGAGGGAGGAGGAGGAGGAGGAAGAGGAAGAGAUCCAACCCGCUGAAGAUUACAUAUAUGUUGCAGUGGGCAAGAGCAACUCCGGCAUGGAUGCGCUCCGGUGGACCUUGAAUCACUUACUGAAGCCCUCAUCCUUAGUCUUUCUCAUUCAUGUCUUCCCUGAGGUCCGGCACAUUCCCACUCCCCUGGGAAAGCUCCCAAAGGAACAGGUGAACCCAGAGCAGGUGGAGAACUACAUGAACCAAGAGAGGAGAAAGAUACGACAACUCCUCCAAAAGUAUCUCGACCUCUGCAAUGCUUCCAUGGUAAACGUGGACACAAUACUCAUCGAGAGUGAUUUCAUUGCCAAGGCUGUGAUUGAUCUGAUUCCUAUUCUCAACAUAACCAAGUUAGUGGUAGGGAAAUCCAGCAGGAGGUCCAGGAGGGGAAGUGGAGUAGAAGACCAGAUAAAGAAAAAUGCACCAGUUUUCUGUGAUGUUAAGAUCAUAUGCGAAGGCAAGGAGGUGACGAGAGAGCAGACGGAGUCACCUACAUCCCCAUCUCUACGCGGCGGUGACAUCACUACUACACCAACCACCCUGGAACUGGAAGAUCAAAGAGAUACGUCUGUUUCUUGUGCUUGCUUUACACGAAAAUUCAUCUAAAUCUCAUACAUGUUAUGAUUCUUAUUAUUAAUUUCUGAUUAAUAAUAUUACAAUUUCU